AUGACGAUGAUGAAGGAGUGCGUCCAGCCCUUACAGCAUGGGAGUUCGGGGGGCAGGCGUGACAAAGAGCGCCAUAGGGCUGAAGCCGGCAGCUGCGGCCCUGUUACAACGCAGACACGACAUCGGAAAGCUGCUAGACAGGUCAAGGAUAGCGACAGGGCGGGAAGGCCGUUGAAAAGCUCGAUGGCGGCGAUGCUGGAGGUCGAGAAGCGGCGUGCACGGGCCACCGCCAGCGGAGAGAAAAAAAAGCUGCAAAACCGCCUGCGAACUCAACCCACUCAACCAGCGCCUCGACAACGGCCGGCCACGGUAGCCCCUAGCAGCAUGGCAUUCCACGCCCAGCCAGUUCCUCUUCCCCCUACGCGGAUCCGCUCAACGUCACGCAUUUCGCCCUCUGCGGCCCAUGCGUUCCUGACUGAAUAUCUCGAUCAAGCCGCCGUCGACCCUGCUUACCAGCCCGACAGCACACUGACCUGGAAAGGACCCAUUUCGGCGAAUGCUGGCCUAGCACCAAACCUCGCUAUUCACAAUCUGAAGCGGGUGCAAGCUGGGCUAGCUGGGGAAGUCCUGGGCAGAGAUUUUAUCUUGGAAAUGCAGUUACAGCAACCUGAGUUUGAACCGGUACAAGACACGACGGAAGGAGCGCCCACAGAGGAUACGAAGCGCGAUAGUGAGUGGCAGGAUCUAGAUAAGUUUGAGAGGGAACAGGUUGAUCUAGUGCAGGGGGGCGAUGGGGAGGAUGAGGAAAAUGCGGGCGCUACAGUUACUGACCCGGCGAUGGACGCCGACGGUGACGCUACCCCUAAGGAUGCGGCUAUCAAUAAAGAAGAGCGAAAGAGGAAGAAGAAAGAGAGAAGGAAGGCAGAACAAAGAGCUAAAGCAUCAGCUGCCAGUUAA